AUGGGGAAUGCAAGUGCUGCUCAAGUGCUAGGAAUUGGAAACGUGGACCUGAAGUUUGAUUCUGGGCGUGUUCUGACCCUCACUAGAGUGCAUCAUGUUCCUUCUAUUCAUAGAAAUAUUAUAAGUGGAAGCUAUUUAGUUAAAAAUGGCUUUGAACUUUCUUUUAAAUGUAAUAAAGUUGUGAUUACUCAGACUGGUACAUUUGUUGGCAAGGGUUACUUGUCGGAUGGUUUAUUUUUGAUAAAUGUGGAACCCAUUUUGGGUGGUUUUAUUAAUGUUCCUUCUGUUAAUUGUGUUGAAUCAUCUGAUUUAUGGCACUCACGACUUGGUCAUUUAAAUUUUGGUGCUCUAAAGAAUAUGAUGAAUUUAGAGUUGAUUCCAAAGCAUUCCAUUGAUAAGAAAUCUAAGUGUCAAGUAUGUGUGACUGCUAAACAAACAAAGAAACCUUUUCAUAAUGUUGUUAGGGAUUCUGAAUUGUUAGAUUUAGUGCACACAGACAUAUGUGAAUUCAGUGGUGUUUUGACUAAGGAUCAUUAUAGAUAUUUCAUUACCUUUAUAGAUGAUUAUAGUAGAUAUUGUUAUGUUUAUUUGCUUAAACAUAAGGAUGAAGCACUAGAAAAAUUCAUUAUGUUUAAAAAUGAAGCUGAAACACAAACGAGCAAAGUACUUAAACAUUUGAGAUCUGAUAGAGGUGGUGAGUAUACAAGUAACUUGUUUAAUGAAUUUUGCGCAAGCAAUGGUAUAGUUCAUGAGGUUACUCCACCAUACACACCUGAGUCUAAUGGGGUGGCAGAGCGAAAGAACAGAACUUUUAAAGAUAUGAUUAACAGCAUGUUGAUUAAUUCGGGGUUGCCUAAAUACAUGUGGGGAGAGGCUCUGAAUACGGCUUGCCAUAUUCUGAAUAGGGUCCCUUUGAAACACAUGGAUAAGACACCAUAUGAAUUAUGGAGAAAACGUAAAACUAGUUUGAAUUAUCUUCGUGUGUGGGGGUGCCUUGCAAAGGUACUUGUACCCGAACACAAGAGAAAGAAACUAGGGCCUAAGACUGUUGAUUGUAUCUUUUUGGGCUAUCUAGAGACCACAACCGCUAUGAGAUUUUUAGUUUUAAAAUCUGACAUAGACGGCAUUGUGGCUAAUACGAUAGUUGAGUUUCGUGAUGCAAUGUUCUUUGAGGACGUGUUCCUUAUGAAGACUGGUAUACCUCAGGGUAAUUCUGAGGAUGAUCCGACUCUCACAUCGAGUUCUAUUUCCGAUCAUGUGGAAAAGAUGACAAAUGUGGGGGCGAAUCCUAGUAGUAGCUCUACUCCUAACGAAGUAGAGGAACCUAGAAGGAGUAAGCGUGCAAAGGUAGUCAAGGACUUUGGAAGUGACUUUCUCACUUACAAUAUCGAGGAUGAACCUUUAACUUUCCGUCAAGCCAUGGACUCUUCGGAGUCAAGGCAUUCGAAAGGCGCUGUAAAGAGUGAGAUGGACUCUAUUGUUUCUAAUGGAACAUGGGAGUUAGUCGAUCUCCCUCCUGGAUGUUCUACUAUAGGAUGUAAGUGGAUCUUCAAGAGGAAGUUGAACCCGGAUGGCUCAAUAGAUAAGUACAAGGCGAGGCUAGUUGCUAAGGGUUUUAGGCAAAGAGAAGCAUUGGCUUCUGUGCAUGGUCUUAUCAUCCAUCAAAUGGAUGUAAAGACAGCUUUUCUUCAUGGUGACCUUGAAGAAGAGAUUUACAUGGAUCAGCCUGAAGGAUUUAUUGCUUCUGGUAACGAGAGGAAAGUAUGUAAACUAGUCAAGUCCAUCUACGGCCUUAAACAAGCACCUAUCGACUGGCAUAAAAAGUCUGAUGAAACUGUUUUAGCAUUCAAGUUUUUAGUUAAUGAAAGUGAUAAGUGCGUCUACUAUAAGGUUAGAGGAAAUGAAUGUGUGAUUGUAUGCCUAUAUGUUGAUGAUAUUUUGUUGUUUGGAACCAAUAUUGCGAUUAUUAACAAGACAAAGAGUUUCUUGAAAAUAUACUUUGAGAUGAAGGAUAUGGGUGAGGCUAGUAUGAUUCUUGGGAUCAAGUUAACACGGUCAACUGAUGGAAUAACCUUGUCACAGUCUCAUUAUAUAGGGAAAUCUAUACUUGAGAAGUAUGGUUAUUCAAAUUGUAGAAUCACAAGUACACCCUAUGAUCCUAAAGUGGCCCUUGACAAGAAUAGUUCAGGUGUACCUGUGUCUCAGUUAAGGUAUUCUCAGAUUAUUGGUAGUUUGCAAUAUCUUGCUAACGUGACUAGACCAGAUAUUUCUUAUUCUGUGUCUAAGUUAGCUAGAUAUACAAGCUGUCCGAACAAGACUCAUUGGGAGGCUCUGGAUAAAGUUCUUAGAUAUCUCAAGGGAACUAUUUCUCUUGGCUUGCAUUACCAGAGAUUUCCGGGGGUACUCGAGGGGUACAGUGAUGCAAGUUGGAUAGCUAAGAAAUCCGGUUCCAAUGGAGUGACUGGAUAUGUGUUUACCCUAGCGGGUGGAUCUGUGUCCUGGAAGUCUUCUAGACAGACUUUGAUUACUCGGUCUACUUUUGAGGCUGAGUUGUGUGCAUUGGAUGCCACGGGGACGGAGGCUGAAUGGUUACAUGGACUGAUGUCAAUGUUACCUGUAGUAAGCAAACCGCUUCCUGCCAUUUCUGUUCAUUGUGAUAGCCGUACAACUAUUGACAAGAUCAGAAGUGUAAAGUAUAACGCUAAGACAAAGAGACACAUCCAAGUUAGACUUAAGUCUAUAAGGGGUCUUGUUUCUGAUAGGGUUAUAGCUAUAGAGUUCAUUGGAACUCAGGAUAAUAUAGCUGACCCGUUGACUAAGGGGCUUGAGCAUGCUGUAGUCCUUAAGUCGAGGUUGGGGAUGGGACUGGUUCCGAACGUGCUGGGAUUUACAUUCGGCAUUCUACAGCUGAUAUUGUACAUGGUUUACCGUAACACGAAAAAAGACGCGAUUGAAGCGAAGAAGCUUCCCGAAUUAUUCGAGGAUGAUUCGGUGAUCAUAAUCGAUGAUCAGAAACUUCCGGAGCUGAAAGCGAAGAUAGAUGAUGUGAUGAGGCUGAGCGCGAUGGUUUGUUCGGAGAUGAGGCUGGUCGCCAAGAACUCGAACCCGAAUGAGCUCGAUAUGAUCGAAAUUCAAGUCGUGGUGCCUAAAAAACAAGCCACUCCGAUAGUCGCUUAA